AUGUCCUCCUCCAACGACGAAGAGCCUCAAUCCAUCGCGGCCCUCUACGCCGCCGCCGAGUCGGCCCGCGCUGCCCUCCUCGCCCACCCGGACCCGCGCUCCUCCCACCCCGCCGUCGCCGCCACCCUCGCCGCCUACGACGCCUGCGCCCGCCGCCUCGCCGCCGCCGCGCUCUUCUCCCCCAACGAGUCCGCCGACGACCUCGCCACCGCCUCCCUGCCCUACCUCCUGCUCGACCUGCGCCGCGCCGACGUCCUCCUGCGCGAGCCCUUUGCCGACCCGCCCCAGCGCCGCGCCGUGGUGCGCCGCGCGCGCGCCGCCUACGAGUCCUUCCUGGCGCUGGCGGACAACUACGGGCUGGUGGGCGGUCGGUGGGCGAGGCUGCUGGAGCGGUACCGUGACGAGCCGGGGACGUUUGCGGUGGCGACAGCGUCGGGAGCGGGGGCCGGCGCGGCGGCGGCGCGUAGGGAGGCCAAGAUCGCGGCGUUCCGGGCGGAGAAGGAGCUGAAGCAGCGGUUGGAGGGACUGCGCGCGGAUCCUCGGUAUCGGGGGGGCGGGGAGGAGGGCGGCGCGGACGAGGACGUGGUAAGGCGGGCGCACCUCGCGGCGGUGGAGCUGGGCGUGCACGAGGCCCUCCAGGGCCUCGACUCGCUGAACCGCGAGAUGGAGAUGCUCGCCAUGGCACCCGAACGGCCGCCACCGCCCCCGAACAGCACCAGUCACGGCGCGGACGACCCCAACAGCCGUCGGCGCGACGCCGACGACAGCACCACCUGGCGACUCGACAAGCCCCUGGCGCAGCGUGGCAGCGGCCCCCUGCUGUCCGCGCAGGGCCGCCCGCUGCAGCCGUUCACGCUCGUCAGCGGCGGCCGCGCCGACCUCCGCGCCGGCGUCUUCCGCAGCGGCCACAACCUGCCCACCAUGUCCAUCGACGAGUACCUGGAGGAGGAGCGGCGGCGCGGCAACAUCCUCUCGGGCGGGACGGACCCGGCGCCGCCGACGGUCGACGACGAUGAUGAGGAGGCGGUGGACCGCGCGACGUACAAGGCGCGCGAGUGGGACGACUUCAAGGACGAGAACCGCCGCGGGGCGGGCAACACGAUGAACAUGGGCUGA